CAGAAAGAGUUGAUUAAAGCGUGGUUACUGUGAGUCACAGUAGGGUUGCAGCAGAUUAACGCCACCACUCUCUCUCUUUUUCCUCUGAACGCAGCCCUUGUAAUAUCCAAACCACAAACCUUGCAAAACCCUUGCCUUCUAAUCCUAGCUAAACCCUAGCUUAAUUUUAUUUAUUUCAUAACAAUGGGAGCUUCUCUGCCUCCUAAAGAGGCCAAUCUCUUCAAGCUCAUCGUCAAAUCAUAUGAAACUAAACAGUAUAAGAAGGGGCUGAAAGCAGCAGACGCUAUAUUGAAAAAGUUUCCAGAUCAUGGAGAAACUUUAUCAAUGAAGGGCCUGACAUUAAAUUGCAUGGAUCGUAAAUCUGAUGCAUACGAGCUUGUCCGGCUUGGCCUUAAGAAUGACCUUAAAAGUCAUGUUUGCUGGCAUGUUUAUGGUCUCCUCUAUCGGUCUGAUAGAGAUUAUAGAGAGGCAAUCAAGUGCUACCGAAAUGCUCUGAAAAUAGAUCCAGACAAUAUUGAAAUACUGCGCGAUUUAUCACUCUUGCAGGCACAAAUGCGUGAUCUGACAGGAUUUGUUGAAACCAGACAACAGCUGCUAACUCUGAAACCUAAUCACCGCAUGAACUGGAUUGGCUUUGCUGUUGCUCAGCAUUUGAACUCAAACGCUUCAAAAGCCGUUGACAUUCUAGAGGCAUAUGAAGGAACAUUAGAGGUUGAUUAUCCCCCAGACAAUGAACGGUGUGAACAUGGAGAAAUGCUUUUAUACAAGAUCUCUUUAUUAGAGGAAUGCGGCUCUCUUGAGAGAGCUCUUGAAGAGUUGCGCAAGAAGGGUUCUAAAAUUGUUGAUAAGUUGUCGUUUAAAGAACAAGAGGUUUCUCUACUAGUGAAGCUUUUGCAUCUUGAAGACGGUGCUGAUAUGUACAGGGGUUUACUUGCCAUGAAUCCUGACAAUUACAGAUAUUAUGAAGGUUUACAAAAGUGUGUCGGUCUGGAUUCAGAAAAUGGCCACUAUUCUGCUGAUAAAAUUGAUAAAUUGGAUGACUUAUACAAAUCGCUGGGGCAGCAGUAUACUUGGUCAUCCGCUGUUAAGAGAAUCCCGCUUGAUUUUUUACAAGGAGACAAAUUUCAUGAAGCUGCAGACAAUUAUGUUAGGCCCCUUCUUACCAAGGGCGUCCCUUCAUUAUUUUCAGAUCUUUCUUCUUUGUAUGAUCAUCCUGGGAAGGCAAACAUACUGGAAAAUCUUAUUCUUGAGUUGGAGCAUUCAAUUAGAACAACUGGGAAAUACCCGGGGAGGGAAGAAAAAGAGCCUCCAUCUACUCUUAUGUGGAUCUUAUUUUUCUUGGCACAGCAUUAUGACAGACGGGGGAAAUAUGACAUUGCGCUCACCAAGAUUGAUGAGGCAUUAGAACAUACUCCAACAGUGAUUGAUUUGUAUUCGGUCAAGAGCCGAAUUUUGAAGCAUGCUGGUGAUUUGACUGCCGCGGCAGCAUUAGCUGAUGAAGCUAGAUGCAUGGAUCUUGCAGAUCGCUAUGUAAAUAGUGAAUGUGUCAAACGUAUGCUGCAGGCUGAUCAGGUUCCUAUGGCAGAAAAGACUGCUGUGCUGUUCACUAAAGAUGGCGAUCAGCACAACAACCUCCAUGACAUGCAGUGCAUGUGGUAUGAGCUCGCUUCUGGUGAAAGUUACUUCCGCCAAGGUGAUCUUGGACGUGCUCUGAAGAAGUUUUUAGCUGUGGAGAAACACUAUGCUGAUAUUACAGAAGAUCAAUUUGACUUCCAUUCAUAUUGCUUAAGGAAAAUGACAUUACGUGCUUAUGUGGCAAUGCUGAAAUUUCAAGAUAGAUUACAUUCGCAUGCAUAUUUUCACAAAGCUGCAGCUGGAGCAAUCAGAUGUUACAUACGACUGUAUGAUUCUCCAUCUAAGUCGACAACUGGAGAGGAUGAUGAAAUGUCAAAGUUGCUGCCUUCUCAGAAAAAGAAGAUGAAACAAAAGCAGAAAAAGGCAGAAGCCCGGGCUAAGAGAGAAGCAGAGGUAAAGAGCGAAGAAUCAACUGCAAGUAGUGUCUCUAAGUCCGGAAAGCGUCAUGUUAAACCUGUUGAUCCAGAUCCAAAUGGGGAAAAGUUGUUGCAGGUUGAGGAUCCAUUAUUGGAAGCUACAAAGUACUUGAAACUUCUUCAGAAGAGCUCACCAAAUUCUUUGGAGACUCAUUUGCUUUCAUUUGAAAUAAAUAUGAGAAAGAAGAAAAUUUUGCUUGCACUACAGGCUGUAAAGCAAUUGCUAAGGUUGGAUGCUGAAAGCCCAGAUACCCACUGCUGUUUGAUUAGAUUCUUCCAUAAAGUGGGUUUGAUGGCUUCUCCUGUGACAGAUACUGAGAAACUUAUCUGGAGUGUAUUAGAAGCAGAACGCCCAUCGAUCAGUCAAUUGCACGAAAAGUCUCUGCUUGAAGCAAAUGAGUGUUUCCUUGAAAAACAUAAAGAUUCUUUGACGCAUAGGGCCGCAGUUGCAGAGAUGCUUUAUCUUUUAGAACCUAACAAAAAAUCUGAGGCUGUUAAAUUAGUUGAAGAUUCGACCAACCUUGUACCAGGAAAUGGAGCACUUGGACCAGUCAAGGAAUGGAAACUAAAAGAUUGCAUUGCAGUUCACAAAUUACUAGAAACAGCUCUUAUUGACCAUGAUGCUGCAUCUCGGUGGAAGGUGAGAUGUACCGAGUACUUUUCCUUCUCUACGUACUUUGAGGGAAAAUACAGCUCUGUGAAUCCCAAUUCAGUAUACAAGAUAGGCAAGAACACGGAGAACGGGAGUACAAGCCAUCCUGGAGAUGAUAAAAUUUCAGAUUCGAUAUCAAAUGGGAAGUUAGAGGCUUUUAAAGAGCUGACCAUCUGAGCAUGGUGCUGAAUGCAUACAGCAGCUACCAACUAGUACUCCGUGAUCUUGGGUAGAUCACACAAUCAAACAGCAGCAGAAGGUGCCAUGAGAAGAAAUCUUCAUUAUUAAGGACGUUCAUAUUGGAACCGAUGUCAAUCUUGUCUACUGUUGCUUUGAGAUGCAUUAUUAUGUUGAGAGUGUUCUACCUACCUUAGCCAAUUGUUGAAUGCAUUCAUUUGCAAAUGUGUAUAAUAAAAUUUUAUCUAUGUUUCUUUUAGGGUUUGCUCUUGAAAUUAACUCACUAGUAGGUGAAGACAAGGGUGACUUUUGAGGUUAUAAAUUUACCUUCCUAGGUCAGGAGAGCGCGCGACAGGAUUCUUUGUUUUGAGUACUGGUUAGAACAUUUGCUAGUAGAGCUUGUUGUACUUUUUGCCAAUUCUCUUAUUUCCUGCUAUUUCAUGUAUAAACACUACACAUUGUGAGAAUUUUUGCAAGAAGAUUCAUAUAUUAGAACUGUGGAGGUCAAUUUUGCUGCU